CAAUCAAAUCCAAACCUCAUCAACAAUAUGAACAGAGGUCGGUCUUGGGAGGAGCGUUCGAGAUUUCUGAAAUAUUCGUUGGUCAACUAGCUAACGUUAGCAAGACUGGAGCUAGCUGCUGAUGACAAGAAAGGGCACCCUGGCCUGACACAACAAUCCGACUGUCUCGGGACUUCAAUUUCAAUUUGUUGCAACCAUGAAGUUCACGCAAUUUUUGCUAAGGAACAGCUCCAUACCUAAACAAGCACUUGUGGAUCGGUUUUCCAAGUUCUCACCUUCGCCGCUGUCAAUGAAACAAUUCAUAGACUUUGGCUCGGCCAAUGCCUGUGAGAAGACGUCCUUUGUGUUCCUUCGUCAGGAGCUUCCUGUCCGGCUGGCCAACAUCAUGAAGGAGAUUGACUUCCUCCCUGACAAGCUUCUCAGCACCCCCUCACUACAGUUACUACAGAGCUGGUAUGCAACAAGUCUGAUGGAGGUAGUGGGCUUCCUGGAGAAAGAGCCCGAUGACAAAAAUAUCCUGAAGAAGUUCACUGAGACGCUGGUGAACAUCAGGAACCGCCACAACAAUGUGGUUCCCACCAUGGCACAGGGAGUGGUGGAGUACAAGGAUGCCUUUGGCUCCGACCCUGUGACCAAUCAGAACGUCCAGUACUUCUUGGAUCGCUUCUACAUGAGCCGCAUCUCCACACGCAUGAUCAUGAACCAGCACUCUCUCAUCUUUGAUGGAAGCGCCAACCCCGCCCAUCCCAAGCACAUUGGCACCAUCGACCCUGACUGCGACGUGACGGAGGUGGUAAAAGAUGCCUUUGAUAGCUCCAAGAUGCUCUGUGAACAGUACUACCUGACUUCACCAGAGAUUGACAUCACACAAGUCAACGUCAAAGGUCCUGACCAGCCUCUUCGUAUUGUCUAUGUGCCUUCCCAUCUCUACCACAUGCUGUUUGAGCUCUUCAAGAACGCCAUGAGAGCAACAGUUGAGACUCAUGAAAUGGCCCUGCAUCUCCCGCCGGUCAAAGUCCGAGUCUCACUGGGCAGUGAGGACCUAACAAUCAAGAUAUCAGAUCGAGGAGGUGGAGUUCCCCUGAGGAAGAUAGAGCGUUUGUUCAGUUACAUGUACUCCACCGCCCCCAGCCCCGUCGAUAUUGACAACAGCCGCAAUGCACCACUGGCUGGUUUCGGCUACGGUCUUCCCAUCUCCCGUCUCUAUGCCAAGUACUUCCAGGGAGACCUGCAGCUCUACUCCAUGGAGGGAUAUGGGACGUCAGCUGUCAUCUACCUGAAGGCCUUGUCCUCAGAGUCUGUGGAAAGACUUCCUGUUUACAACCAGUCAGCCAUAAGGCAUUACCAGACAAGCAAUGAGGCAGAUGACUGGUGCAUGCCCAGCAAGGAUCCCAAGAAGCUGGGGAAGUAUGAGAGGAGAAGUUAACCAAACAGACAGAGAGAGAGAGCUCAGAUAACAUGAAGAACAGAGGAGCAGGAGGAAAGAAAGAAAGAAGAAGAGGAGGAUGACUGAAAGGAGGAAUGGAAUGAUGAUUCAUAAUCAGAAACUGACAGAAGGUACCUGUGUGUGUGUGUGUGUGUGUGUGUGUGUGUGUGUGUGUGUGUGUGUGUGUGUGUGUGUGUGUGUGUGUGUGUGUGUGUGUGUGUGUGUGUGUGUGUGUGUGUGUGUGUGUGUGUGUGUGUGUGUGUGUGUGUGUGUGUGAGAUAUCUGGAUUCUUUGCAUUGGAGAUUCUCAUCCAGCACUUGAAGUGGAAAAACAUUAAUGUUGGAGGCGUUUCAAUGGCAAAACCAGGAUCUCUAUUCAAUAAGUGAUUUUGUGAAUGUUAGUCAGAAACAGGGCCAUAAACUACUCACAAUCACAUCUAACCCUUUUGGUUUCAUUUAGCCACACGUUUCAGGUAUUCAUUUCACUCACUUAUUUUAACAUUAUGACACCGAAGCAGUGUAAAAAACUAGCAUUUUGCUUAAAAGGUGCAUUUUAGUUUGUAACUGAUCAUUUAAUUUAUUAAACACCUGAAUUUGGUUAUACAGUGAUAUAAGCUGCACGAUCACAGUAGUAUUGUCUGUGAUACUACGUUUUAGAUUUUGUAUCAAGUUUUCUCUAAACUCUUCACUCACAACUACAGUAUGCAGCUUGGACACUGAGCUCCAUGGACACAGAUAGAUAUAGUGUGUCAGGCAGAAACAUGUCAAGGCCAUGCUGUCAGUCGAUGGGUUUUCUCUGCUUACCCUUCUACUACAGGAUGUUCUAUGGGUACAUAGUGGUCAACAAAUGUUCUUUUCAGCAUACUAUGUAGAUUCCAUAUAGUUUCAACUCUGAGCAUUUCACCUUUUUUGUUUUUUACAGCUUACAAAUAUUUGUCAGUCUCGGAAGUUUAGACAAACGUCUGUCUCCAAUGUUUUUUGGGGCCUAAAGGGAAUUUAGUAUAAUCAACUGUAAAUCUUGGUGAUUCAUUUAAAAAAAAAAAAUCACCCUCACUUGUUGAAUAAGACAAGAGCUCAAACAAAGGUCUUUCAUUCAAGGUUUCCUAUGAAGACAGAAAGUAGAUAUUGAAGACAUUGAGGUAUCUAGUGCAUUUACUCUAAACCAAGUCCAACUGAGUUUAAGUAUAAGUUAUGUGAAUAUUGAGAUACAUUUUCUAUCAUACUGUUGUGAUAUUUUUAAAUGACUAAAACGAUUGCAUUUUAGAGGCCGGCUAGGUCUUUUAUACAUGAAGUAUUUAUUGAAUAACGUUGAGUGCCAGAGAGCAAAAUGGGAGUAUUAUCACAUUUCUGUGAUUAGGGACACAAUAAGACUGAGUUGAAUCAAAUGUUUGACUGGUGCCCAGUGUGGGUAUUCUUUGAUGUGUUAAUUGGGGCAGUCAUUACAAAAUGAAUUUAUUUCAUUUCCUGGUAUUCACUAAAUAGUCACUAUUAUUACACUCCUUAGCAAUAACAAAUCACAUAAGACUAUGUACACUUUCUAACAUUUAAUCCAAUAACAGCUAAGUAUUUGUAACUAGUCAAUAUUUGUAUGUGCAUUGAAACAAAACAUAAAUUGUUUGAGACUUACACUGAAGUGCCAACUUUUAUUUCUCUCUUUCUGGUUUUUAACAUGUAUGGUUUUAAAUCACAGGAUCUCAGGAUGUUGAAAGCAUUUCAUAUUUUUCAAAGUAUCACUGUAAGUGCUUUGAUGUCAUAUUAAACCGACCUGGGAGGAGUUAUCUAUCAAUGGAAGUUGCUGAUUGGACCUCACACUGUGGGCGGAGUCCUAACUUGAGAUUAUUGCACAUAAUUUAUUAUUGUUGACGUGAAUAGAUGAUUUACCAAUAUACAUUAUUUGGGUUAUGGGCAGCCAUCUAAUGUCAGGAUUUCAGUCUUUAAUUCAAACUAUUUUAAGCAUCUUUAGGUUGUUCAAUAAAAUGCAGCUCUUUAUAUAGUUCUCACUCUGCUUUUUGUCCCUCUUCCAGUGUCUUCAGAAAGUAUUCAUACGCAUUGACUUAUUCCACAUUUUGUUGUGUUACAGCCUGAAUUCAAAAUGGAUUACAUAAAUAAAACAGCUCACCCAUCGACACACAAUACCCCAUGAUAACAGUGAAAACAUGUUUGUAGAAAGUUUAGCAAAUGUAUUUAAAAUGAAAUACAGAAAAAUCUCAUUUACGUAGGUAUUCACACCCCUGUUUCAAUACAUUGUAGAAGCACAUUUGGCUUCCGUCUGGCCACUCUCCCAUAAAGCCCAGCUUGGUAAAGUGCUGUAGAGACUGUUGUCCUGGUGGCAGGGUCUCCCAUCACAGCCAAUGAACUCUGUAGUGCUGUCUGACCAAGGUCCUUCUUGCCCAGUUGAUCAGUUUGGUCAGCUCUAGUCUGGGUAGUUCCAUAUUUUUUCCAUUUCCCAAUGAUGGAGACCACUGUGCUCUUGGAAACUUUCAACACUCUAGAAAUUGUUUUAUACCCUUAACCAGAUAUACCGUGAGCUUUUUGUUGUUGUUUUGGCUCUGUACUCCAGCACUUUGGAUUUAAAGUGCAGACUGUCAGGUUUAAUUUGAAGGUAUUUUGAUCUACAUAUGGUGAACUGUUUAGAAAUUACAGCACUUUUUAUACAUAGUCCGCCCCAUUUUAGGGGACCAAAAGUAUUGGGGACAAGUUUACUUAUGUUUAUUAAAUAGUUACUGUAUGCCUAAACACAAUCUCAGCGAUCGUACAGUUCCUUAGACUUUGUGGUAUAGUUUCUGCUCUGACAUGUGUAACAGUGUAGGUUCCGUCCCUCUCUUCGCCCCAACCUGAGUGACGUCACUGAUUGAAACGCUAUUAACGCGCACCACCGCUAACGAACUAGCCAUUUCACAUCGGUUACACAUGCCCUGUCAAAUGUGUGGGACCUUAUAUAGACAGGAGUGUUUCUUUCUAAAUCUUGUCCAACCAAAUGGGUUGGCCACAGGUGGACUCCAAUCAAGUUGUAGUGACAUCUCAAGGAUGAUGGAUGGACAUUUGGAUGCACUGAGCUCAAUCUGGAUUGUCAUAGCAAAGGGGUGUGAAUACUUAUGUAAAUUUGAUAUUUCUAUAUUUCAUUUUCAAUACAUUUGCAAAAAUGUAUAAAAACAUGUUUUCACUUUGUCAUUAUGGGGUAUUGUAUGUAGAUGAGUGAGAGAAACAUAUUUUGAUUCAUUUUGAAUUCAGCCUGUAACAACAAAAUGUGGAAUAAGUCAAGGGUAUGAAUACUUUCUGAAAGCACUGUAUGUGCCUGCAGUGCUUCCAUUUAGCAGCCUUUGCAUGUGCUUCAGUCAGAAAGUGAUUAUGGUAACAACGAUUUUAUCUACUAACUACAGUAUUGAUUCACUCCUGUAUACAUUUGUUUUUUAGAUUUGUUUGUUUUUCAUUAAAAAAGGACCUGAUUUUUAAGGGUUGAUGAUGAAUGUUUUCCCUCAUUGCUAUUAUUUGAUCAGGUCAUGUUGUCAAGGCCGAUUGUUACAAACUGAAUCAGAGGGGAAGGUUCUGACAGUACAGUCAAGUUUACCAGUCAAAUGGACAUGUGGAAACGACCAACUGUCACAACUACCAUCGCUGAACACAGAAUAAUAAAACGCAUUUAAAACA